GCACGCACACACACAGGAGAGACUAUAGAGUCAUGGAAGAGACAGACCAAAAUACCUGUGUGUACGGUAUCCCCCGAGGGACAAAACAUAGGACCUCACACAGAAACACGUUGCACAGACUUCAAAAACUAGCUGAUGGACAUUAUCUAGGAAACUGAUUUAGCGUAACCACUGUCUCACUAACCUUUCAGGAUUAUGAUGGAGCUCUCAUAUCAAUCUAUGAAAGUCGCCCACCAAGCCCGGGAAGCGGAUGAGCUGAGGACUGAGAUGAGGAGGAAGAACCUCCUCAUCCUCAUUUACCACCACCUGCUUGGGCAAGGCUAUGUGUCUGCAGCAGUGGCCUUGGACCAAGAGACUAAUGGGGGUGUGAGGAGGUUCGAGGUCUGUGAUAACAUCGAUCUGGAGAUGGUGUUGAUGGAAUACGAGAGUUAUUACUACGUCAAGUUCCAGAAAUAUCCCAAACUUAUCAGAAGAACAGCAGAACCAGUUGAAAACAGGAAUGCAAGAAGUAGUAGUAUAAAAAGGACUCCCUGUUCAGCUGUAAAGCCUCUUCCCAAAAUCAACCCGUCCCAGAUCCCCAAGUCUGGAAACGGAGCCAAGAGGACAACUGCCAGUUCACAUACAAAUGAGAAUGGUUCUGCUGUUCCUCCAGAGUUGGCAGAGUUUGGUCUUAACGUGUCCUCCAUCAGAAGUGGACCAGCUGGUGAGGCAGCAAAUAACAGAAAGGGCCAGAUGACUGACGGCAAAGUUUCAAUCCAUGACGCUGUCAAAGGAGCUGGCAGUGACUCAGACCAUAUGGAACGGCUGCUGAAGCCCCUCAGUGGCUUUUCUGGAAUGAGCGGUGAGAUGAGAGAACUUGCUGCAAUCAUCAGCAGGGACAUCUAUUUGCACAGCCCCAACGUGCGGUGGGAGGACAUCAUCGGCCUGGAGGACGCAAAGCGAUUAGUCAAAGAGGCCGUCGUCUAUCCCAUUAAGUACCCCCAGCUAUUUACAGGCAUUCUGUCUCCAUGGAAGGGCUUGCUGCUCUAUGGCCCCCCAGGUACGGGUAAGACGCUGCUGGCCAAGGCCGUGGCUACAGAGUGUAAGACGACCUUCUUUAACAUCUCAGCCUCCAGCAUUGUCAGCAAGUGGAGGGGAGACUCUGAGAAACUGGUCAGGGUUCUCUUUGAACUGGCCAGGUACCACGCACCAUCCACCAUCUUCCUGGACGAGCUGGAGUCAGUGAUGAGCCAGAGAGGAGCGAGCAUGGGAGGAGAGCAUGAGGGGAGUCGCAGGAUGAAGACUGAGCUGCUGGUUCAGAUGGACGGACUGGCCAAAUCAGAGGACCUGGUGUUUGUACUGGCUGCCUCCAACCUGCCUUGGGAGCUGGACCAUGCCAUGCUGAGGAGGUUAGAAAAGAGGAUUAUAGUUAGUCUUCCCUCCUCGCCAGCUCGCCAAGCAAUGAUCUCUCAUUGGCUGCCUCCUCUCAGCUCCACAGGAGGGGUGGAGCUACGAACUGAGCUGGACUAUGAAACUCUGGCAAAGGGGGUGGAGGGUUACUCUGGCUCUGAUAUACGACUGGUGUGUAAGGAGGCUGCCAUGAGACCGGUCCGCAAGAUUUUUGAUGCUCUGGAGUCCCAUCAAGAUGGAGACACUGAAAUGCCUGCCAUCCAGCUGGAAACUGUGACAACAGCUGACUUCCUGGAAGUAAUCACGCACACCAAACCCUCGGCUCGAAACCUAAUGGACAAAUACACAGCCUGGGAGAGAGAGUAUGAGUCUGUGUGACGCGCAAGCACAUUUUAACAUGAGAAAAAAUA